AUGGAUCCGACUGCCGGUCCUAGCAGCGAGCCCGCAACGCAGUCCCACAUCGGCCAUGUCGCCGUGAAGAUUCCGCCGUUCUGGAACGCGAAUCCCGCCGUGUGGUUUUCGCAGGUAGAAUGUCAGUUUCGUCUUGCCAAUAUUACGUCUCAAGCCACCCGCUAUUUCCAUGUCGCUUUCGCUGUACCUUCGGACGUGGACUGCGACGUGGCUGACAUUCUCUGCGCCCCUUUAUCAGCAACGCCGUACGAAGACCUCAAGGCCGCGAUCAGCGCGAGGACAACACUUUCCGAGCGAAAACGACUCCAGCAGCUGUUGUCCGCCGAGGACCUUGGCAAUCGGACUCCGUCUCAACUUUUGCGGCACAUGCGGACCCUUCUCGGAUCCCGCGCUACCACGAUGGACGAGCCUUUGCCGAAGGAGCUUUUCCUUCAGCGUCUCCCUCCUACCGUGCAAAUGCUCCUGGCAACAUCAACAAACCUUACCGAUCGCCGACUUGGCCGACCAUGCUGA